AUGUGUAGGACCAUCUAUUGGAAAGCGCCCGAUUGCGGCCACACAUGGCUCGAGUUAGCACGACCUUGUGGACCAGACAUGAACCUUCUCACCUGUCCAGACUUCGGCGUUCGACAGCCUUUUGGCCCAGCAGAGAAGCCUCGUCGCUGUCGAUGGGCACCACGCAGAGCAUGCCCUUCGUGUAACCACGAUUCGCAUGACAUGCGAAAGAGACGCAUGAUUGUCGUGAAGCGGUAUGGGUGGAGAUUUGGUCUCGGCCCGGCUAAGCAGGAUAUUGGAGUCGAUAUCAUUACGCAUCGCUCGGCCAGGACGCCAAAAGGAAUGGACGUGGUACCGUUUUGUUGUAUUCUCAUGUGA